AUGGGCUUCGCCAACUUUAACCCGUUGAAACGAGAACGCCAGAACUUCCCCGGCGUGGUCAUUCCUUUGGCCCCCGCCUCCGCUACUCACGUCUCGCCAGACCUGACUGAAAAAGAUGACAAGGCCUCGGACCGUGCGUCCUCAUCCCGCAGCUCCGGCCAAAAUGAAAAAGCCAGCACUCCCUUGACGUUAGAAGCUUUGCGAGCCGAAGUCGAAGCGGAUAUUGUCGCUUCUGGAAGUGACACUUCAUAUGACCGAAAAGCCAAGGUGGUGAACCGGGCUCUCCAAGACAUUGGCAUGGGCCGAUACCAAUGGGAGCUCUUUGCCCUCUGUGGCUGUGGGUGGCUUGCAGACAAUCUUUGGCUCCAGGGAAUCGCUCUCACGUUGACCCCAAUUUCAUAUGAAUUCGGCAUCUCCGAGUCACACGUCCGGUUCACGACCUGUGCUCUGUUCCUGGGUCUGUGCAUCGGUGCUUCUUUCUGGGGCAUCGCCUCGGAUAUUGUGGGUCGCCGACUGGCUUUCAACAUGACCUUGUUCCUGGCUGGCACCUUUGGUCUUGCCGCUGGCGGCGGUUCCAGCUGGAUUGGUGUCUGCGCCUUGUACUCCUGUCUUGGUCUCGGUGUCGGUGGCAACCUGCCCGUCGAUGGAACUCUCUUCCUCGAGUUCCUGCCCAUGGCCUCGGGCAACAUGUUGACCUUGCUGAGCGUCUGGUGGCCCGUCGGCCAACUCAUCUCCAGUCUCCUGGCCUGGGCCUUCAUUCCCCCCUUCACAUGUGCCAGCGCGGACGGCUGUACCAAAUCCCAGAACUGGGGAUGGCGGUACCUGAUCCUGACCCUGGGCGCCAUCACCUUCUGCAUGUUCAUCUCCCGAUUCUUCUUCUUCCACCUCUACGAAUCACCCAAGUACCUCCUGUCCCGUGGCCGCCAAGAAGAAGCCGUCGCCUCCGUGCACGGAAUCGCCUACAAGAACAAAACCCAGACAUGGCUGACCAACGAGAUCCUCAACGAAAUCGGCGGCUACGCCGAAGCCCAAGAGACCCAGAAGCUCACCGUCAGCCAGAUCGUCCAGCGCUUCUUCUCCAAGUUCUCCAUGCACCGCAUCCGCGCUCUCUUCGUCAAUAAGCGUCUGGGCGUCGAGACCGUUCUCCUCUGGUUCAUCUGGGCUACCAUCGGUAUGGGCUACCCUCUCUUCAACGCCUUCCUGCCCCAAUACCUCGCCAAGUCCGGCGGCCAGGUCAACUCCAGCUACAUCACGUACCGGAACUACGCGAUCACGUCGAUCGUCGGUGUCCCCGGCAGUAUUCUGGCGUGCUGGACCGUCGAGAAGAUCGGCCGCAAGGCCACCAUGGCCACCGCUACCUUGAUCACCGGUGUUCUUUUGUUCUGCUUCACCAUCUCCCCCGACGCCAACACGCAGCUGGGCAUCUCGUGUGUGGAAAAUCUGGCCCAGAACAUGUUCUACGGUGUCCUCUAUGCGUAUACUCCUGAAGUGUAUGCUGGCCCUGUUCGAGGCACGGCGACGGGUAUCUGCAGCUGUCUGAACCGGAUUGCCGGUCUUUGUGCGCCCCUGGUGGCGGUCUAUGCCUCGGGAAGUAACACCGAUGCGCCCAUCUACGCCUCUGGCGGCCUGAUUCUUGCCGCUGCCGUGGCGAUGAUUUGUCUGCCGAUUGAGACUCGUGGACGAGCAAUCAUGUAA